AGUCAGCAUCAGUGCACAUUUUACGCAUGGUGCCCAGUCUUGUUAGCUCUGAUGUCUCGUCCAACACAGAAACACAGUCGCACUGAGGACUGAGUCCACCACCAGCAGGCCAUGCAAAACCCCCAAAGACUCAUAAAGUGAUUAUGCACCGCCAGCAAAAUCCCACCGAUGUUUCCGCCUUCCUUGAAGAAGUAAUUUUUUUGCGAAUCGCGGAAGCCAACUUUAAUCCCACCGUCAUAAACACACUGUCGAGCUUCCGUAGCUAAACUGUUCUCCUUUUUCGCCAGCCACAGCACACACACAAAAAUGACUGAUAGAAGAAGAAGAACCUUAAAAAUAGUCCUUCAGAUCACCUGUCAGCUUCUGUGGCUGGUGGGCUUGAUGGUGGGACUGUGUGGAGUCUAUCUCCUCUUGAACUGCACGCAAAACAGCUUAUUCUUGUCUCACAGCUACCUCAUCCUCCCAGCAAUCUUUGCUCUCGUCACCGCUGCAUUCCUAUUGAUCAGCGGCUGCCUUGGCUGCUGGGUGUCCACAAGAGAAUCUGCCUUCCUACAGGGACUGUUUGUUUUUCUGCUGGUUGUGGUACUUUGUCUGGAGAGCACGGCAACAGCUCUGGCCUUUUUCCACACUAGAAAGCUGCAUUCAGAGGUUGCUCCCCUCCGAGGAGUGUUUCAAAGAUACACGGCCAGCAGCCAGGACCCCGAAUCUCGAGCUGUGGAUGCUGCACAAGAAGAGCUGCAGUGCUGUGGUGUCCGUGACUACAGGGACUGGCUGGAAACCCCCUGGUUUAACCGUAGUGGAGGACUUGGAGUUCCUCACAGCUGCUGCAACUCCACCUUCUAUUUUUGCAAUGGAACCUUGGCCCAGCCAUGGAAGCUUUAUGGACAGGGCUGCCAGGUGAAGCUGGAGGAUACCAUACAGUUUGUCUUGAAUCUCAUCAUGUGGUCCUUCCUGCCUGUGGUGCUGGUGGAGAUAUUUGGCUUUGUGACUGUGGCCCACCUGAUGAAAGACCAACCCUUACUGCAGUAUCACAUACUGGGCAGAAGCUAGUAGAGACACUGUGGUAGAUAGGCCACUGGUGCAGUAUGCACAGAUACUACAGAGGAGCUGUUUUUGUCUAUGUGCACCCAUUUAUUAGGGUGCUGGGGGGCAGAAUCCUUGACCUUGAAGUGCACACCUCUCAACUAAACCACCACAGCACAAUGUCAUACCACUACAGCUGAAUGAGUGGGACUCCAGUGCACUGAUCUUAAAACAUGAAACUGCUGCAGAUCAUAGCAAAGUGUUUGACAAAUCUGUUUUGAUGGAUCAUCUUCCUCAGUUUUGUAUUAAAAUAACGAGCUUUGAA